AUGGCGGCCAAUGACGCGCUGCCAGCUGUCCUGGUGGUGAACGACGAUGGGAUCGAGGCUCCGGGAAUCAAGGCGCUCGUGGCGGUGCUCGGCUCGGCUGGCUUCUGCCGCGUCUUCGUCUGCGCGCCCGACGUGGAGAGGUCAGCGUGUGCGCAGUCCAUCACCAUCCGGGAGACGCUCGAGGCGAAUCUGGUGGAGGACUAUGAGGGCGCUGCUGUGGCAUACUCGCUCACAGGCACACCGGCAGACUGUGCGUCUAUGGGGCUUUCUGGCCAGCUCUUCAAGGGCAUCAAGCCCCUCCUGGUCAUCAGCGGCAUCAACAAGGGCGCCAACACAGGCCGCCAAGUCAUCUAUUCCGGCACGGUGGCGGGCGCAAGGGAGGCCGUAAUUCAGGGCGCUCCAGGCAUCUCCAUCUCCCUCGACUGGGCCGCUGCAAGCACUGACGCCCACUUUUCUCCCGCUGCUGCCACGUGUCUGCCUCUCAUUCGCUGCGUUCUCGAGGCAGCAACCACUGGUCAGCUAUCCAGCAGCGGGGGAGACCCGCUGCUGCUGAACGUGAACGUGCCGCUUGACCCCGUCAAGUCCAAGGGCUUUAAGCUCGCCCAGCAAGGUCACGCGAGGGUGGCCUUCCCCUGGACGCACAUCGCCAAGAAGCGCACUGGAGUGCAGCUCGCAGGCAUGGGGGGAGCGGCAGCAGGGGGAAGGGGCCUGCCAGGCAUGAUGGGGGGCAGGGGCCUGCCGGGGAUGAUGGGAGGGAGGGGGCUGCCGGGUAUGGUGGGAGGGAGGGGCCUCCCGGGCAUGACUGGGCCCCCCGCGGUGUCGCUGGCUGAAAUCGGAUCGGUUGCCUCUGCUGCUGGCGCAGCGCGGUCCAAGACUCCUGGCGAGGAGAGCAAGGAGGAUGGCGGGGACGAGCCGUGGCAGCCGCUUCAUAAGAUGCACUUCCGACACGAGCCGAGUGGGUGGGAUGUGCUUGACAAGGACCCCGCCUUUGACUCCGCUGCUCUUGCUCUCGGCUAUGUGACACUCACGCCGCUCGCCAUCACUGCUGCCAUCGACAUCCACUCACGGCUCAAGGAGGACCUGGCGUGGCUCGCGCCGCUGCUGCCCCACGAUGCCUAA